ACAGUGACUGAAACACCCACAGCAGCUACUAACCUAAGGAGAAUGGAUGUACUGCACAAAAUGACAACUGCAAAAAUAAUAAAACAUUAUAAACUGUUAAACGAUAAACAACAGUUUAGAUAUAAAUUCGCACCACACCUAAAUUAUAUUUACCCUUUAAAAAAAUAAAAUGAAUAAUAAUCCACUCCAUGCGCAUGUCCAGGAUAAGCUCCGCCCAAUGAAACCGAAAAUCUCAGAAACCUCAGAAACUAAGGUUAGUCGCCAUUUUGUGAGGUUUCGCAGUGGUUCGAUUACUUGAUGAUACUAAGCCAGGAAGCAAGCACGUGACAAAAGAAGGAUGACUCAAACCCAAGAAUCGAGAGGGAGACGGGAGUGCGGAUGGAGUCUGACAUGGUAUGCUGAUGACUUUGUUUCUUUUUGUGAGGGAGGUAAUUAACAAUGUCUGCAAAACAAAAAUACAACACACACUGGAAAAGAGUGAAAAGAGAUCAGCAGAAAUUGGAUUUGUCUCAUGUAGACAACACUGAGAUACCCACCUGCUCUACUACUCUAGAGAGCUUUAGUGAGCUGCUCCAGCAUGCACAGCCCAUUGAGGGGGAACAGAGUGAAUUUGAGUGUGAUGUUGAAAUGCAGGGGGCUCAUGCAAAUUCUAAUUCUGAUUCAGAUUCUGAUGACGUAGACUUGGAUGACAGACCUUCUUUAGGAGUUAGACUUGCACAGUGGGCCAAUGAAUUUCAGGUCAAACACAAUGCAGUGGAUGGCCUUCUUAAAAUUCUUGGUGAACAUCACCCAGAGCUUCCAAGAACUGCUAGAACAUUACUUGGAACAUGUGAAAAUGUAAACUUAGACAUGAAAUCUGGGAUGCAAUACUUCUACUUUGGAUGCAAAGAACAGCUGUGUAGGUAUUUAAAUAUGUACCCCAGUGAUGUUGUCACCCAGUUAGACUGUCUGGACAUUUCCUUGAAUAUUGAUGGCUUGCCACUAUUCAAAAGUAGCAGUCAGUCACUGUGGCCAGUUUUGUGCAAAAUCAAUUUGGCUCCUUCCACUGUCUUUCCUCUUGCUCUCUGUUUUGGUGACUCAAAUCCUACAGAUCUUGAUUUUUGACAGAUGUAGUACAUGACCUCAGGGACAUUUUACUCAAUGGAUUAGAGACAGAUAGGGGUAAUUUACGAGUUCAUCUUCGCUGUAUCACUUGUGAUGCACCUGCAAAGCACUUGUUAAAUGCACAAAGCAAUUUUCAGGUUAUUUCGGUUGUGAUAAGUGCAAACAGAAAGGCAUCUGGGAUGGCAAGCGGUUAUAUACCCAGAGAUGACAAAUGUUACACUGAGAACAAAUGCAUCUUUCCGUGAGCAGCUUCAGGAGGGGCACCACCGGACAUCUGGGGUGUCUCCGUUUUGCAUGCUCCAAAUAGACAUGAUUCAGCAAUUUCCUGCAGAUUACAUGCAUCAGUGCUGUCUUGGAGUGAUGCGAAAACUGAUUGUUUUGUGGUUGCGCGGAAACCUUACAACCAGAUUAUCUUCUGGCCAAGUAAGGGAGAUCAGUUCCAGACUUCUUGGUUUGAGACAAUUCAUGCCAAACCUGUUUGCAAGGAAGCCACGUGGCCUACAAGACAUUGACCGGUGGAAAGCUACUGAACUGCGACAGUUUGCGCUUUACACGGGCAAAAUUGUGCUGAAAGGUGUUCUCUCUGAUGAACUCUAUGCACAUUUCAUGCUGUUCAGUGUGGCAUUGGCCAUCCUAGUGUGCCCACAACUAGUGAAACAGUACAGCUCUUUUGCAUCAGAUCUGUUGGUUCACUUUGUAGAGGAAGGCCGAAAGUUGUACGGGGAUGAGUUCCUUGUGUACAAUGUGCACUCUUUGGUUCACCUUGCUUCUGAUGCACAUGCGUACUGUGGGCUAGAUGAGUGUAGCGCUUUUUCCUUUGAAAAUUACCUGCACCAGCUGAAGAGGUUAGUACGCUCAGGUAAAAACCCUCUGGCACAAAUUAUAAAACGUCUUGGUGAAAUUGACGAGCACAGAGAGGAACUGAAUAACAAGCCUGCAGCUGUGGUGAAAACACAAAAACCGAACAAUGUCUUUGUUCUCAGUGACUUACAGUGUUGUGAGGUCGUUUCUGUGGUAGAUGCUACAGGGGAAGUGCUUUGUCGUGUUUAUGACAACCUUGAGCCACUUUUCAUGCAGCCUUGUAACUCCAGGUUAACUGGUGUUUACAAGGCCCAAGUGAGGCACACCAGAAUGAAACAAUUGUCUCAAAGGCUAUUGGUCAGAAAGGCAUUUUUUAUUGAUGCGGAAGAUGAUGUCAAGAUUGUCCUUACAGUGCUCCAUUCAUUUUGAGCAGUUAUCUAAAUCUUUUUCACCACCCUUUACACAUUAGAUUGAUACAGCUGAAUGCUGAUUGUACAUUUAGUAUCAGCAAAAAUUGCCAUUUUCUCAAAAUUGUUCAGGGAAUCUUUUGCCUGAAAAUUGAAAAUCUUAUAAUUUACUCACUGCUUAUGAUGCUUCAAACCUGUAUAACUUUUUUUUUUUGAGAAAUGAGCAUACUGCAAAUUGGAUAUUUAAGCAGUGCUGUUUUGCAGUUGUCUCCAUGGUCACCAUAUUGGUGCAUGAGAGAGAUUUAAAGAAUAAAUUCACUUCCAGAAUAAAAAAUUCCUGUUACUUUACUUACCCCCAUGUCAUCCAAGAUGUUCAUGUCUUUCUUCAGUCGAAAAUAAAUUAAGAUUUUUGAGGAAAACAUU